UGCCUAUUCUUAACUUUAGAGUUCUUUAAUUGGAAGUCACCGUUGACUUGGCAACUUUGAACACUUUCUUCAAACACCAACACAAAAUGGAUAAAAUUUCACACAGGUUCCUACAAGUCAACGGGCUAAAGCUUCACGUAGCCGAGAUCGGCUCCGAGCCGGCUCCAGCCAUGAUUUUCCUUCACGGGUUCCCGGAGAUAUGGUACACAUGGCGCCACCAGAUGAUAGCAGUCGCCAACGCCGGUUUCAGAGCCAUUGCCCCGGAUUACAGAGGAUAUGGACUAUCCGACCCGCCUGCAGAACCCGAUAAAGCUUCCUAUGAUGACUUUGUCAUUGAUAUUGUUUCUAUCCUUGAUCGUCUUGCUAUUUCUAAGGGUUCUCGCAUGGAUGAUUUGGACAACUGUCAUCAGUUUUUCUCUUUGUCUCUACCGCCCGCUGAGAGGAUGUUUCAGAAAACCCGUAACCGCUUUGCUCUUAUGGAUGAUCAUGUUAGGGCUGGGGUCAACUUUUUUGCCACUUCUCAAGAAAUCCUUCGUGAAUGGCGGUCUAUGGGGGAAGAGAUUCUUGAGUUUGAAGAGUCUAAGAAGGCUUUCUCUGAGGAAAGAGAAAAGUUUAACGCGGAGAAGAAAGGGCUGCAAUGGAGGGUUGCGGAAGCGGAGCGAAAGCUCGAAGAACAGAAAAAGUUGAGUGAGCAGAAACAAAAAGAUUGGGAAUCUGCCUGCGCGCGCACGAACUUAGAGAUGCAAUCUCAGCGCGAUGCUAUUGUUCGUUUAUCCGGUGAGAAGACGGCCUUGGCUGAUGAGGCUAAUCAGGUGCGGCUUGCUGCAGAGAAAAAGGAGAAAGAGUAUAUUGCUCGGAUUGACAAGCUAGAACUUCUUGCACAAGAAAAAGCGUCUGAAUGUGAGACUGCUCAGCGUCUUCUUGAUGAGAAGACGGCGGAGUGUCGUGCCUCUGAACUCCUUGCUGAGGAAACCGCAGCUGAUACUAGGUGGUUGUUAUCUCGUGGUGUUCCCCUGCUUGCUGAUCGUAUCGUACAUUCGUCGGAACUUGCCAACUAUAUGUUUGAGUUGGGUGUGGCAGGUUAUAACAGCGGACGCAAGUUUGGGUAUGCUGAGGGUAGAUUAGCUGCUGCCAAUAACGAUAAGGAUUACAAGUUUGAGUUGUAUAAGGCUGAUUGUGAUGGUGCGUAUGCUGAGAAGCGUCGAGCAUUUGCGAUGCUUGACUUUGCUGUUGUGAAGGCUGCUGGCAAAUUGGCCCUCAAAGCUGAUGGAGUUGCUUUGUUGAAGAAAGCAUUGGGAGAUGACGGCGCUGGUGGUGCAGGUGGUGCUGGUCCCAGCCGUCCUUAAGUGGAAGUUUCCGGCCUGUGUGCCGCGUAUAGCCUUGUAUGGGCUUGUAAUGGUGUUUUAAGACAAUUUCAUAUUUCGUACCUGCGGUGCUAUGUAUUUUGACAAUUAUACUGUUAUUUUUAUCUUAGUUAUGUGAUAUUUUUGGUAUCGU